UUUCUUUCCAUUGGUUGUUUUGUUUCUGGAGACAUCUUAUAUGUUGUCAACAAUCGUAUAUGUCAUUAUGACAAAUUUAACCCUGGACAAACCUGAAUUCCGCAUAACACCAAGGCCAAUUUCUUCAAUGAAUAAUGGAUCUGAUAGAAUGAUCGGUAAUGAUGAUGAUUCUUCUGGCUUCAAGUCAAUACCUUCAUUACAAAAAAUGAAAAAUAAACGACAACGAUCCACAUCGCUUACAUUAUCGGGGAAAAAAUUUAUAAAAAAAUUUAUAUCACGAAAAUCAUUACCAUUUAUUCACGAUGAUGAUGAUCAUCAAAUGAUGAUGCAUAAAAAUCGAUUAACGACACAUUCCAAUAAUGAAAAUAUCUGUCCACACACAACAUCCGGUCAUUCGAUGGUAUCGAAACAACAACGGCCAAAAUUGCAACCAUUAAAAUCAGUGAAUAUGGAUUUAAAUAAUGAUGAACAUCGUUUUGAAAAUUUUUAUGAUAAUUAUGACACAAUCACAUCAUCAAGAAUUCAAGUGAAUAUUCUAAAUAAAGCAUACAAACAACAAAAACAAUCUGAACGAAUUCGAUUUGCACAUGAGCAAAUGAAUCGUUCGAAUAAGUCAUCAAAGAAUUCGAAAUCUGAUUCACCCGAUGAUAAUGCAGAUUUAGAAUUAGACAUUGAUAAGUAUCUUGUCAAAAAUCAUGGAAUGUUUUUUGUAUCAUUGGCUGAAGCUAAGCAAUAUGAAUCUGUUUGCAAUCAAUUGCUUGAUGAAAUAAUCGAUGAUGAAAAUAUUAAAUGUAUCGUCCAUAGUUUACAACAAAAAUGGCAAAAAUAUCGACAACAAUCAUCGCGAUUGAUAUUUUUUUAUCAAAUGUUUUCAUUCAUGUUUAAACGUUAUCUACAAAUGACUAUUUGCUGGCAUCAAAAUCCUUGUCCAUCCCAUGUGAAUGUUGCAAGAUUUAAACGAUUCGCUCUGCCAAUCUUACAAGAAUUCAUGAAACUUGUUAAUCCAAAUAAAAAUAUGAUCUUACAGGUUGAACUAUUGGCUGCAAUUGAAUCAUUGAUUUCGCAUAAACAAGAAUACAUGGUUGCUGUGGCCGAUGUUUUUGAUCUAUUAUUAAAAUCACCAUUAAUCGAGUCAUGUGCAUUACUGGAAUGGUCAAGAUUAGAAGAUCCGCAUUGUUAUAGUUGUGAUUCUCAAUUUCAGCAGCAAUCAACAUCGAUGACAAUUAUGAUUUCACAAUCAUCAUCAAACCAUCAUCGAAAAAUGGCUAAAUCGAAAUCAAGUAGUAUUUUGAUGAUAAAUGAUCAUAAACAAGUGAAAGAACAACAGCAACAACCGGGUUCAGCAAGACCAACAAUCCGUAAUCUUAUCAUUAAACAACUUGAAAAGAAUGGAAUACCUUUAUUGAAAAAACAAAUUAGAAAUUCAAUAUCAUAAAUAGUUUUGUCUUUUUCUUUCUUUUUUUUUUUUUUUUUUU